AUGGACAGGGACCAGGUGACGGGAUUGGCGCUCGCGGUCAGUUCGUCCCUCUUCAUCGGAACCAGCUACAUCAUCAAGAAGAAGGGGCUGCGGAGGGCCAGCGCCACGGGCCUUAGGGCGGGGGCAGGGGGCUUCACUUACUUGCGGGAUCCAGUGUGGUGGUUGGGUUUGAUGACGAUGGUUGUGGGGGAGUUGGCAAAUUUCGCAGCAUAUGCCUUCGCCCCCGCCAUGUUGGUGACGCCUCUCGGGUCCCUGAGUAUCAUUGUGAGCGCCAUCUUCGCCCACAUCAUGCUCAACGAGAAGCUGAAUAUUUUUGGGAUGACUGGCUGCCUGGAAUGCAUCGCCGGCUCCACGAUCAUCGUGCUGCACGUCCCUGAAGAGAUACCACUGCAUUCUGUUUUGGAGGUGUGGGAACACGCCAUGCAACCAGGGUUCCUGAUGUAUGCACUGGCAGCUGUGGGCGGCUCUGUGUACCUUGCAUGGGUCGUUGCUCCCAAGCAUGGGGCCACCAACAUUUUUGUAUGUCUGGCGAUCUGCUCCCUAAUUGGCUCAUUGACUGUGGUCAGUUGCAAGGGUCUUGGCAUCGCCAUAAAGCUGACUGUUGAGGGCAGCACACAGUUGUGGUAUCCACAGACAUACUUGUUCGCCAUGAUUGUGGCUGCGUGCGUCGUGACCCAAAUGAAUUACCUCAACAAAUCUUUGGACCUCUUUAACACCGCAAUCGUGAGUCCAUUGUAUUAUGUCAUGUUCACGUCCUUCACAAUUCUGGCAUCAUUGAUAAUGUUUCAGAAUCCGCAGAGCUGGUGGCAAAUCACCUCCGAGGUGUGCGGCUUUUUGACUGUCGUGGGUGGAACGUUCUUGCUGCACACCACCAAGGACAUGGAGGUCUCCUGGUCGAGCAUCAGCAGUCUGGCGAGGAGGCAACAGACCGGCGGCACACAUAACUCCAAGAAGGACGAUGCCUCGAGAGAAUUGCUGCCGCUUGUGGCUACCGGCGAGCAAUCAUAG